UGGGUGCUUGCUGUUGUAGCCGUCCUAAUUGUCGUCCUUGCAUAUGAAUGGAUAAGGAAAGUUCGUCGAUAUCCACCAGGUCCAUUUCCAUUGCCUCUGGUUGGCAAUCUUCAUCAGCUCAUGUUAGGAAAGAUGAAUCAUCAAGGAAUCAUUGACCUUAUGAAAAUUUGGCAGAAGGAAUACGGUAAUGUCAUCACGAUCUGGUUGGGACCAUUACCAACUGUUCAUAUAUUGGACUUUGAAACAGCGAAGGAAGAAAUGCUCACUAAUGGUGCUGCUUACGUCGAUCGUUAUGCGCCGUAUAUGAUUGACGUGAGGCGAGAGGGAAGAGGUACAGUGUUUUCAAGCGGAGAAUUCUGGGCUGAUCAUCGACGAUUCACUUUACGGACAUUACGUGAUUUUGCUCUCAAGAAUAGCAUAAUGGAGGAGAGAAUCAUGAGUGAAGUUCAGUCAAACCUUUGCAAAUUAGAAAAUGUGCUGGUAAAUGGACAAGCGACAAUAAAAGCUAAUGAAUUCUUUGAUGUCAUCGUUGGCAGUGUAAUCAAUCGGAUCAUAUUUUCGGAGAGUUUUACAGAGGAGAAUAUGGCCGAAUUUUUCGCAGUAAAACAUCGAUUUGAUGAUCUGAUCACAAAUUCUACGGCUUUGGAUAUGUCACUUGAGAAAUGGACACUGAAUGUGCCACUUCUCAAAGGGAGAUGGAAGAAGCUUAUUGAACCACAGGAUGAUCUGCUCAGAUUCAUCCAGAAAAGAAUAACUAAAAGGAUUGCCCCUUGUUAUGAAAGGAACGACGUACCAUAG